UGUUGACGUUAGCCGCUAAUGUUGUUGCUGGACUGACUGACGAGAGAUCAUUUAAAAAGAUACACGCAAAUAUUUCUAAACAAAAACAAACUGAUUUAACAAACAAAUAAAUACAGACAAUGGGGAAGAAACACAAGAAACACAGACCCAAAUGGAGAACGGUUGAAGGAGAUUAUGAGAACAAACCGUUAGAGAAGCCCCUGAAGCUGGUGCUCAAGGUGGGCGGCAGUGAAGUGACCGAGCUGUCGGGCUCAGGACAUGACUCCAGUUACUACGACGACCGCUCGGACCACGAGUGGGAGCGCCACAAAGAAAAGAAAAAGAAGAAGAAGAAGAAAUCUGAGAAGGAAAAGUAUGUAGAUGAUGAUGAGAGGAGGAGGAAGAAGGAGGAAAAGAGGAAGAAACGUGAGCGCGAUCAGUCAGAGAAUGCUGCUGAUGUACCAGGGGAGCCUUUCACCCUGCCGAAGCCUGUGGAGGUGGUUGUAGAGGACAGGAAGAGGAAGAGGGAGAAAUUUGAAUCUGAACCUGAAGCCGAUGAGUUUCAUCCUGGAGUGAAAGUGAAAGUGGAGGUGGAGCAGCAGUCGGAACGGCCCUUAAGAGCCUGUCGAACUCAGCAAGAAAGUGAAUCCACCCCUGGCCAGCAGCUUUUGGAGCAUUUCCUGCGUCUGCUGCAGAGGAAAGAUCAACACGGAUUCUUUGCUUUCCCUGUAACAGAAGCCAUCGCACCGGGCUACUCCACUAUAAUAAAACAUCCCAUGGACUUCAGCACAAUGAAGGACAAAAUCGCCGCGAACGAAUACAAAACAAUCACAGAAUUCAAGGCAGACUUCAAGCUGAUGUGUGACAACGCCAUGGUUUAUAACCGACCAGAGACGGUUUACUACAAGGCUGCAAAGAAACUCCUCCACACAGGCUUCAAAAUGAUGAGCAAAGAUCGGCUGUUAGCUUUGAAGCGCAGCAUGUCUUUCAUGCAGGACAUGGAUUUCUCUCAGCAGGCUGCCAUACUGGGAGACGACGACAUUGCCCCUGAGGAACCUGUGCCUGAGAUCAUGCCCAUCCACACUGAAUACCCAAAAAAAUCCAAAAAGCAGCCGGCCAAAGAGCCCAUCAUCAGUGAUCUAUAUGAAGUGGAGGGCAACGCUUGCAGUUUGACGGACAGCACGGCGGAGGAGCACGUAUUGGCACUGGUGGAACAUGCGGCAGAUGAAGCGCGGGAUCGACUCAAUCGGUUGAUGCCAAACUCUAAGAUUGGCUACCUUAAAAAGGACCCAGAAGGUUCACUGAUAUACACAGUUGUGAAUCAGGAUCCUGAAGCAGAGGAGGAAGAGACUCAUGCUGUAGAUUUGAGCUCGUUGGCAAAUAAGCUGGUACCUGGACUCACGUCAUUGGGAUUUAAAGAUGACCGAAGACACAAAGUGACGUUCUUGAGCAGUGCGUACAACACUCAAACCCUUCAGAACAACUCCAUUUAUCCUGACCUGAUGCCAGAUGAGAUGGACACACUGUACUCCGCUUAUGGAGAUGAGACUGGCAUCCAGUGCGCCCUCAGUCUGCAGGAGUUUGUGAAGGGUUGUGGGAGUUUCACCAAGAGACUCGUUCAUGAACUGUUGGAUAAAAUGACAGCUGGCGAUCACUCAAAGGCAGUCGUACAAAUCAGACAGAAAAGGCACAUGCCAAUUGAUGAUUCCAAUUCUGGUUUAUGUGACAUGCCGGGAGCAGAUGGAAGUGGUUUAGAAGCUGGCUCUGUGCUGGAUUUCAUGUCCAUGAAGAGCUACCCCGACAUUUCUUUAGAUCUGCUCAACACAUUAGGUAAAUGUGUGAAGAAGGAGCCAGAUCAUGACGACGGCCAUCAGCACUUUGACGACACCGCCAAACUCUUGCAGGAGUUCCAGGAUGCAGCGGUGGACAGGGUCGGAUCCAGACCGUCCUCCAAUCUCUCUUCCCUGUCAAACACUUCAGAGAGGGACCAGCACCAUUUAGGUAGUCCAGCUCAUCUGGGUGUUGGACAGGAGAUGGUUCAAGACCCGUAUGAGUUCCUGCAGUCACCCGAGCCGGGAUCCACUCCCAACAGCUGAUAAUGAUGUGAGGAUCAGCUUGUGUCUGUGCUGUAAAAUAAUGUGCCAUUAGACGAGUUCAUUGAAUCACAUGUUUCUGUUUUUUUAAAUAAAAGCUCCAUUUCGCUACAUUCUACCAAGUGACAAAUGAAUUUGUAACAAAAUACUGUCGACUUUGAUCUUUGUCAUCAGCAACAAAGGAUAUGGGAAGCGUUUUCUUCUCCUUUUAAAAGUUGCUAAGUCUGUUUAUGUCACGCCUCCUGUUAUAAAAAAGAUUUGAUCCAAUAUAUGAUGUGGACAUUAAAUGAUGCUGUAUAGUAGGAAAGACCCCUGCAUCUACAGCAGUGUAAAACAUGUCAGAUGUGCAUUCAUGGAGAGCUCUCAUUUGCAUUUGGGUUUGCAUUUUCUAGUGGUAACUAAGUUACUGUUCAAACAUGCCACCCCAGAUAACUUCCUUGUUCUGUCGUUUUAUUGCUUUCACAUUGUUUGAACUAUUCCAUAUCAAAUUACAGAGUAAAACAAUGGUGUGCGUUUUUCGGAAGUUUAUAUUCUGCUUUCUUCCUUGAGUAAUUUCUUAUGGACCUUUUAACUUUAAUUUUGAAAUUUUGGUUGGUUGAUUUUAAUUUUAGCUUGAUAGUGCUUUAAUAAAUACAUAUUCAAAACGGCAGACAUUUGAAUGUCUAGAAGAUCAGUGGGCAAACAGACUGACAUAUUGAUCCUGAGAGCAAAUUGAUAUAAAACAGCCAUAAGCAUUCACAUGUAACCAGUCUGCUUAACCCACACAGAGCGGGAUUCAAACCGGGGUCUCUGGCGUGCUAACGAGGAGGCUAAAGGCUACAGCCUCUAAUAUUAGUUGCCAGUGCGCUUCUUGAUGCCAGGGGAGUGAGGUUUACACACAUUGCACAGCAUGUACCAGCUGGCUACCAUUACAAUCAUGCCCUAAACCUCACUCCCAUCCGGGUCACGGCACCACUGUAACUGGUCUUGUGCAACCCUCUAUGAGCGGGUGUCGAACCGGGGUCUCUGGCAUGGUAACGAGGUGGCUAAAGGCUACAGCCUCUAAUAUUAGUUGCCAGUGCGCCUGUUGAUGCCAGGGGAGUGAGGUUUAAACACACUGCCCAGCAUGUACAAGCUGGCUACUAUUAUACUCACCCCCCUAAACCUAACUCCCAUCCGGGUCACGGCACCACUGUAACUGGUCUUGUGCAACCCUCUCUGAGCGGGAUUCGAAUCAGGGUCUCUGGUGUGGGAGGAAGGCACUCUAACACACUGUGAUUGAACCUUGGCAGAAUUUAAUUUUUUUUAAAGUGCAACAAAAUGUUCGUUUAAUGUCGUUAGACAGUUAGCAAUGCAAGAAUCAUCACAUGACUACAAUAUGACAAUUUAUAUAAAAGAAAUGCAAUGGCAAGAAUUGAAGAA